AUGAUUACAUUGCCAUCCAACGACCACGGCCACAAGAAGAGCUCUGGUGAUAAUCGCGUUUUUCUUGUACUACGUCGUGCGCCUGGUGCCCAUGGCGUUCAUUAUGAUUACGACGGUGACGAUGAUGCCAAGCCUGGUCCGGAUACUAUCGCCAUUGGCACCGGCGUCCUCGUGGAGAUCGGGACCGGCAAGAUGGUCUUUGGUCUGAUCCAGAUGUUGGUGAUCCUUGGUCGGCUGCUGCUCGGGUCUCGCUGGCCCCACCUCGCAAGGCACUUCGUCGGCAGCUUCGCGCGGAUGGUGCUGCGGAGUCUCGUGCUGCUGCAGGUAUUUGGCUUGGACGCGCGCAUCCUGAUGGACGCGCGCUUCCUGGUUGCCGAGCGCUUCCUGAUGGGCGAGCGCUUCCUGGUGGACGUCCGCUUCCUGAUGGAUGUGCGCCUCCUGAUGGACGUGCGCCUCCUGAUGGCACUUGGCCUCCUUCCGAGCACAGUAUCUGACUACCACCACCAAGAUCGAUAA